AGAAUCUUUACAUCUUCAUCUCCAAAACCUUGUUACGGAGCGCUGCGUGAACACACGAGAAUUUAUUUCGCUGGUUUGAUGUUGGCAGGGCUCAACUGGAAGAAGACAAAGCGGGAGAUUCCCCUCUUUAGGACCCUUUUAGAGCACUUUCUUCCACCUGAAGCAACAGCUCAGAGUUGAUCUGAUGCCACCUGAGAUACUCUGAUGACCGAAUGAGCAGAAUGCGAGAGUAAACUGACCAGAGGAACUGACGGACGACAACGAUGGACCUGCUCACAGUCCUGCUUCUGCUUGCAUGUCUUGAUCCGUCUGCAGCCACAAGCCUCAUUACAGCGGAUAUAUUCGAAGCCAGAGGUCAACGCGUGUGCAAGGCAGGAAAAGAGAAGCCGUGCUACAAGCUUGCCUACUUCUCCGAGCUGCGGCGGAGGCUGAACUUCGCCGAGGCAGAGCUCGCCUGCAGGCGGGACGGAGGGCAGCUGCUGAGCGUGGAGUCGGCUUCGGAGCAGAAGAUCAUAGAACAGCUCAUCACGGAGCUCCGGCCGACCGACGGAGACUUCUGGAUCGGUCUCCGCCGGAACCACGGAAACGAGGACAGCAGCUCGGACUGCUCUCCACAGUACUACUGGCUGGACGGCAGCAGGUCCACAUUCAGGAACUGGCACUGGGAUGAGCCGUCGUGCGGUUACGAGGUGUGCGUGGUGAUGUAUCACCAGCCGUCCGCCCCACCGGGCCUGGGGGGGCUCUACAUGUUCCAGUGGAACGACGACAAUUGCGAAACCAAGAACAACUUCAUCUGCAAAUACACUGCGGGGGGACCACUGGAUUCUCCGCCUCCUCCCAACUCCACGAAAACAAAUGUCUCCUCUUCGUCGGUGCCGCCAUGGGGUCCAAGCAACGACAAGCGGGACAGAAACACAGUUCUGAAUCUGAUUUACAUCAUCAUUCCCACCAUUCCCCUGUUACUGCUGCUACUGACAGUGACCGGAGUCUGCUGCUUCAAGGUGCUUGUGAGACGGAGGAAGAAGGAGCAGAAAUCCGAAGUGUGCCAGACGGACCUGGGCCUCAACGCCACCUCGACUCCAACUGACGUCUACAACGUCAUUCGCUCCCAAAAGGACGAUGACCUGGUUUCAGCUCGCCCGCACACCAAAAACACCUCCUUCUUGUGCUCGUCCCCUGACACCCCGACGGGUGACUACGACAACCUGGGUGGCCGGGACACGGAGAGCGGCUUCGUGACGCUUGCCAGCACAGAGAGCUGCUUCCUCAACUUUGACCUCAAUGACCUCAGCCUCGGGCGUCGUGGCACUUUCUACGACACCAGCCUGGGCCGCCCGGGGAAGAGGGACUUGAAUGACAGUAGCCUGGGCCGCACCGGGCACAGAGAGUUUUACGACAGAAGUCUCGGUCGCCGCACAACAAAGAGCGAGCAUUACGGCAGCAGUGUGUACGGGGACCACGGGCUGUACGAUGGCAGUGUGAGAGGAGGGAGUGACCUGUUUGAUCCCAAACCGAGGCCUGGAGGUCACACAGUAAAGGCUGACCUCUAUCAGACAUACAUCACCAACGGCAAGGAGGACACUUACCAAACCAGCCUCGGGACCUACGGAAACCGAAAAUCCUACCAAGCCAAUCUGGACAGCUACAGAAACGGCCUGACGUUUGACGGCAGAGGGAGAUACUUCAACGAAAAAGACUGGAUCAACCGGGAAAACUACUGACCCUCCAGUCAUCUCUUUUGUUGAGUGUAUGGCGGCGUGUAUGCGAUUUUGGACUCGGAUGAAAGGCAAAAAAAUGGCUGUGCACGUACCUGGUUGUAACUGUUUGUAUGGUGUGUUUCUGAAAGAGCCAACCUGGUGCCGAUGGUGCAGGACACACUGUGUAAACUAGGGCCACGGACCCUCACCGGUCAGCAUUUGUUGAUGGUCAGCAGUCGGUCUGGUGAGUCAUGGCCCUUAGAUCGAACUGUUGCGGGUUGGGUUGCAUUGUGGGUAAUGUAGGCGCCAGGUUUUGACAAGAAAGAAGAAUGCGUGGAAUUCAAAAGAUGAUGUCCCGCUUUCUACAGUUUCCGUUGUGAUCUUUCCUGUCCACCGUGAGCCCGUCGAUGUUAUAAUCAGUGGACGCAAGCCCCCCCCGCCACAUGCAUCGGCCUCAAGACUGCAGAUUUCCCUGGCGGCGCUGACAGUAAAAGUGUGUGUGUGUGUGUUUGUGUGUGUGUGUGUGUGUGUUUGCAUGGCCUUGUCAUGCUGCCCUUGCUUGGUAGGAUAACUAUUGAGGUCUUGUGCCUGAAAUAACUGUAUUAACAGGCUACCUCAAACAGAUCGUGACACAAUAAACCAAUACUGCCUGAGGGAGCAAAAGCUGGAUAUUUUUAUGUAUUGCAAGUGUGUUUUGACAUGGCAAGAACUGUUUUGACGAGAACAUUUUUGAUUUUGAUUGAUUGUUCCCCUAUUUAUUAAUGGCUUUCUGUCUUCUGUCGAGUCGAUCGAAGACAGACAAAAACAGCGCUAGCAGGUGUGAAGGUGGCUCAUAUGGUGAAUUCUGCUUGAAUGCCUGCAGCAACGGCAUGAUAUCAAAGAGAAUGAUAAACUAAAGCAUCGUUGUUAUUAUUAUUUAUCCAGAAUGUGUAAUGCCUUGAUAUCUCUCCUGUAAGUGAGAGCAGUUUGUAUGUUUGUUACGUCAAGAAAUCUUCA